GUCUUUCUAGCCCUCUCCUCAUUCUCUGAAACGCACUGAGAUGUUGUAAGCUCUGUUUGUUAAAUCCGUGACAGAGUGCAGUUCACUACAGGCUGCUGUGUAGACGCUUUUCUGCAGGAGGGCUAUAGAGGAAACAACGUGCUCUGAAUGCAGAGCAGACUUUCUGUAGUGCCACCCGAGCUCCAGUCAAAGCCAUAAAACAGAGAAAAUAUUCCAACGGAGCUCAUCACAGAUUCACUUCAAUCAGAGGCUUCGUCUUCCUGCCUUUAUUCGGAGGACACCAGGCUCUGGGCUAUUCAACAAGAAGCGCGCGAGAGGGACAUUAAAAUAAAACACACCCGAGGAGAGCAGCUGAGAAGAGAUUCCUUGCUUUGAGAUGAUUUAGUGGUUUCACCGGACUCAUGGCUUCGCUUUACCAGAGAUUCACGGGGAAGAUUAACACCAACAAUUCUUUCCCCCAUCCACCUGAAGCCAGUCGUCUCCUGGGUGGACAGGCUUCCGAGGAGGAGAAUAAGGCUGGGAAGAGUCCUCAUCACCCCUCAUCCCGAGCUCCGGCUCAGCACCGCAAGAGAAACGCCUGCGAGGAGGAAGACGAGCUGGUUGGCAGCAGCCCUCAGCAGAGGAACUGGAAAGGAAUCGCCAUCGCCCUGCUGGUCAUCCUGGCCAUCUGCUCUCUGAUCGUCACUUCCGUCAUUCUUCUCUCACCAAGUGAUGAUGACAGUCUGGCCUCCAAGAAGAAAGUAACGAUUGAGGACAUCUUCAGUGGGAAGCUCCAGGCACAUGACCCUGAGGCCACAUGGAUAAGCGACACUGAACUGCUGUACCGUACCCUUGAUGACAAUGUGAUGCAACUCAAUGUGCUGUCCAAAACCAACAGGACUUUGGCAGAGGGCAAGCUGUUCGAGAGUUUCAAAAACCAGGGGUCCUACAAACCAAUCAAACUCCAAGUGUCUCCUGAUCGAAAAUAUGUGCUGGUGGCCUACUACAUUGUGCCGCUUUAUCAGUAUUCCUUCACGGCCUACUACAUCAUCUGCAGCCUUAAUUCUCCAGAGAGAGUGCAGCUGACCCCUAAUGAGGUGCAGAGCACCGCACUGCAGUACGCCGGAUGGGGUCCCAAAGGACAGCAGCUGAUUUUCGUCUUUGAGAAUAACAUCUACUACAAAGCGCAGGUGAACAGCCCAUCGGUCCGUCUGGUGUCCACAGGCAGUCUGGGGGUCAUAUUUAAUGGACUUGCUGACUGGCUUUAUGAAGAGGAGAUCUUCCAGAGUCACAUCGCUCACUGGUGGUCACCAGAUGGUCUCAGACUGGCAUAUGCCACCAUCAAUGACACUCUGGUGCCCAAGAUGGAGAUACCCAUGUUCACAAACGCGCUGUAUCCUAGCGGACAGGAGUACCGCUACCCUAAAGCCGGGGAGGAGAACCCUGAUAUCUAUUUGUCAGUGGUGAGUCUGAACGGCCCUUUACACACAGUGAGGAUGAGGAAACCAGAGGACCCCAGGAUCAGGAAAGAUUACUACAUCACCAUGGUGAAGUGGGCCACCAGCACCAAACUAGCAGUGAACUGGCUGAACCGAGCGCAGAACAACUCCAUCCUGACCUUGUGUGAGGCCACCACAGGCAUCUGCACCAAGAAACAUGAAGAUGAGAGUGACAGCUGGCUUCACAGACAGAACGAACCCCCGCUGUUCUCCAGAGAUGGAUACAGGUUCUUCUUCACCCGAGCUGUUCCACAGGGAGGCAGAGGGAAGUUCUUCCACAUAUCCAUGUCCACUUCCCAACCCAACAGCAGCACAGACACGCUACAGUCGCUGACGUCAGGAGACUGGGACGUGACGCAGAUUUUAGCCUACAACGAGGAAACCAAACUUGUAUUCUUUCUUAGUACAGAAGACGAUGCAAGACGGCGUCAGCUCUACAGUGCCAACACCACAGGAUCCUUCAACCGCCGCUGUCUUUCCUGUAAUUUAAGCUGUGGAUACAUCAGCGGAUCAUUCAGUCCAGAUGCUAACUACUUCCUUCUCAACUGCAAAGGUCCCGGUGUGCCACACACAGCCGUUUACAGCACCAGAGACGGAGACUAUGAGAAGCUGCUGGAUGUGGAGCUCAAUCAGCAGCUGAACACCACAGUGAACAACACGCAGAUGCCCAAAGUAGAGUACAGAAAGAUCAGCAUAGAUGAUUACUGUCUGAACAUGCAGAUUAUGAUGCCAGCGGGGUUUACGGAGACAUCUCACUACCCUUUACUGCUGCUGGUGGACGGCACCCCCGGUGGUCAGAUGGUGACGGAGCAGUUUCAGGUGGACUGGACCACGGUGCUGGUCAGCUCCUUCAACACCAUAGUCAUGCGUCUGGACGGCCGCGGCAGUGGCUUUCAGGGCACAAACCUCCUCCACCGCGUCAAGAAGAAACUGGGGGAGUUUGAGGAGAGAGACCAGCUGGAAGCUCUUAGAAUUAUCUCACAGCUGCAAUACGUUGACGGCUCAAGAGUUGGAGUUUAUGGAAAGGCAUAUGGAGGAUAUCUGGCCAGCCGACUAUUACGCUCAGAUGAAAAUCCAGAUAUGUUUAAAUUCAAAAUCAAGUGUGGAACCGUCGUCUCCCCCAUCACUGAUUUCUCCUUAUACGCUUCUGCAUUUUCAGAACGCUAUUUAGGAUCACCGCAGUCCAGUAAGAGAGGAUACGAGAUGGCACGCUUAACAGACCACAUGGAGCAACUGAGGGACAAACAACUCAUGAUAAUUCACCCAACUGCGGACGAGAAAGUCCAUUUUCAGCACACGGCCAAAUUUAUCAGCCAUCUGAUAAAUGAGAAAGCUAAUUAUACAUUACAGAUCUACCCAGAUGAAGGCCACUUCCUUCACUCAAAAGACUCACAGCUACAUCUGAGUCAAUCACUGAUCAACUUCUUUGUGGAGUGUUUCAGACCCCCAGAGAUACCGAUUGAAGAAAAAGUGGAGCAGGACAAUGAGGAUGAUGGUUAAAGUUCUGCUCAGAUCCAGCACAAGCCAGCUUAUAGCUCAAUAUGCAAACUCCUCCUCUCCAUCCCCCCCAUGGUAGUUCUGAUGGGUUCCUCUUAGCCUCUGCAUAUACCACGCCCUUCAACUCUGAUUGGCUCACUGCCUUCAGGAAAUAAUCUGAAUGACUUGGUGAUACAAGAACCUGUGGAGGUACAUGAUGAACCAUUUCAUACUCACAGCACCAAACAAGCUGUGUGAGAAAACCAGCUGGACGUCCGUGAUUCGAACAAAACUCUUUUGCUUGUGUUCUGUAAUUCAUGCAUUGCUGACAGAAAGCUUUAAGAGAUGACAGCACAAUAUACAGAAGAAUGAUUGGCCGGAAUUAAAAGCUGCAAAUUUACUCAACAGCAUUAUUUUCCCUGCUUUGUAACAUUCUGAUGAUUUCAAACCAGUUUAGGCCUUUAUUUGGGUAUAAAUGUCCUUGUGAACCCAUUUUUUUUUUUUUUGUCGUCAAUGUUAUCUUUAUCAGGCCUAUUCAUGCUACAUGAAUUUGCACUAAAUAUUUCUAAAACCAUUUCACAUGUCAGUUGAAUGUGGUAAUUUACACACAAAAAAUAACGAGCUGAACAAAUGUGCAUAAAUCAUUUACAAAAAUGUAUACAGGAAUUUGUUCUACUCAUUUCAUGAGGCUAUUUUGUUCCAUCAAAUGUACUGUUAAACAGUUGUUGUAACUAUCCACAUCAGCUUUCACAUGAGGACACAAUGACAUAUUGUUCAUUUGUGAAUUGGCCCAUUCCGAAAAGUAAUCUUUUUUUUUUUUUUUUUGAGUGCAGCUGCAAAUGUGUAUGGAUAUUCAUUUAGUCACUGUGCCUUAUUGGAGUAAACCUGCUUAAGACAGGCAGUCCAUGAGGUAGGAUGAAUAAUUUAUGGACAAAUUAGAAAACAAUUAAGUUUUAUGUUAUGAAAGAAAACCAUGCCACAAUCCUACCAAGAAUUGUUUUUACAGUCCUGUGUACUAGUUGAGUUGUAAAGUAAUCCAGUAGAUUAACUGUCAAUACAGAAUACAUAGGACUAGUGUCUUUGGGCAGGUCUGUGUUUUAUGCGUUUUCUUUUGUUUUUCUCAUAUGUGGUUACAGACGUCUUUGAGGAACGUUUUGCAUAGAAUACAUUUUCUUGCUCUACAAUUUGGCGUGGAAGCAAGAUGGUUUCUUUUGUUUUAAAAUAUCUAUUUAUGUGGUGUUACUUUUCACAACUUGAAUGUUCCUAUGUGGUUCAACUGAAUUUUAUUGUUGUACGUGAAAUCCUGUCAUGUAAGCAGAUGAACUGAUGUGUAAAUUACAAUUGUUUUGGUCCCUACUUGUGUGUACCUUGUACAUAAAGCAUUUUGAAAGCUA